UGUUUUAGCAUUUCAUGCCGCCUUGUGUGCCUGUUAUUAAUUUCAAAUAAAUAAGAAUAAAUGAGUGAUAAUAUGUUGCCAGCGUUGCCUUUUCCUGUGCAUCCCAAGCUGCAUGACCAACAGGCGUUUGCGGCCAAAGAAGACGAAGAAGAAGAACGACGUCAUAUACAAAAAGUGCAAAAUGCUUUUCAAUACUAUAGACGCUAUGCUUAUCUAAGAGUAAACAAGACUGAGAAUUACCUAAAUAGUUUAUCUAACGACGAUCAGCGUUUGCUUUCCAAGUAUCGCACACAUUUAAAUAAUGUACGCAAAUGCAUUGACUCCAAUCAGUCGGUUAUAUGCGAAAUUCUACGCGAUCGUGUGCUAUAUCCCACAGGCGAUAAUGAGUUGGAGCAGCUGGAUGAGGCGCCUGAAAAUGUGCGACAUGGUGAUAUGGAUCAAGCUCAGUCCACAUUGAAAUUGAUAGCACGUGAUUGGAGCGCCGAAUGUGCGCUGGAGCGUGAACAAUCGUAUAAGCCUAUUAUCGAAGCAAUUGAGGAUUACUACAAGCCAGAGGACUUCGAUAUAAAUGAGAUUAAGAUUUUAGUGCCUGGCGCGGGAUUGGGUAGACUUACCUACGAGCUCGCCUGUCGUGGCUAUGCCUGUGAGGGCAAUGAGUUCUCCUACUUCAUGCUAAUUGCCUCGAACUUUGUGCUUAAUCUUUGUGACUAUGAGAAUAAGCAUGUACUCUAUCCGUGGGUGCAUCAGUAUGUUAACAAUAUGCGACGCGUUGAUCAAGUGGCUGCUGUGCAUUUUCCCGAUGUUUGCCCUGUACUGAAUCCACCUAAGGGUAAUAUAGAAAUGGCUGCAGGUGAUUUUCUGGAGGUAUAUAAGACGCCCAAUGCCUACAACUGUGUGGCCACUUGUUUUUUUAUUGACUGCGCCAAUAAUGUGAUUGACUUUGUGCGCACUAUAUACAAAAUCCUUGCACCUGGAGGCAUUUGGGUGAACCUCGGUCCCUUGCUUUAUCACUACAGCGAUGUUAAGGGUCAGAAUAGCAUUGAGCCGAGCUAUGAAGAUCUCAUUAUCAUUAUGGAAAGCAUUGGAUUUGAUAUGUUAACCACGCGCACUGGCAUACGUACUAAAUAUGCACAGAAUCCGGAGUCCAUGAAGCAAAGCGAAUAUCAAAGUCUUUUCUGGGUUUGCCGCAAGCCAAGCCACGAGAAACACCAACAGCACCAACAGGGUAAGGAGCCAGCUGAUUUAAUUAUGCGUGAUAGUAAUGACGAGCACGUUGAUGAAGACGUUAAUUUUGAGAUUGGCGUGCAAUCGAAACGAACGUGAUAUAGUAUAAACAGACAGCAGUUGUAUAAACAAAUGCCAUGUAGACACAACCAUCAGAGCUAACCCACCGUUUCGGCAUAUAUGUGCUUUAUUUUUUUAUAAAAGCAGCCAAUUACUUACGAAUUUU